ACAACAACAACACAACGAUCAUCGCCAUCUUAGUCGGCGCGGCCAUUCGGCGCCUGACAUGCAAAAUUGAACGCCGCGGUCCGUCGGCGUCCGUUCUCUUCUUCCGCUCCGCGGAGUCGCGACCAUCGUCUCCGAGCCGCCGCGGAAGAACGGGACGACGCCGCACGAUGGAUCCCUUUCGGCGGGCAAGCACGUCCUACGGAUCGCGUGGCUCACCCCGAGCUCAGCCUCGAGGAGUGGACGACGUCAACUACCUUCGGCAGGUUUUCUGCAAAGUCGACAAGGACCGCAGUGGCCGCAUAGACGCCAACGAGCUGCAGCAAUGCCUGUGCAACGGCACCUGGAAGCCAUUCAACCCCGGGACGGUGCGCAUGAUGAUAAACAUAUUCGAUCGCAGCCGUUCGGGCACGGUGAGCUUCGACGACUUCGUGCAUCUGUGGAAAUACAUCAACGACUGGCUCCGGUGUUUCCGAGACUUCGACAAGGACGGCUCGGGUUGCAUCGACAGGUACGAACUCCGCGACGCCCUCACCAGCUUCGGCUACCGCCUGAGCGGGGAAGCGGUGGAUCUUCUCGUCCAGAAGUACGAUCGGGAAAAGAAGGGAUCCAUCAACUUCGACGACUACAUCCUCUGUUGCGUCACGCUGCAGACCUUCACGAACGCAUUCAAGAGUUACGACACCGAUCUGGACGGCUACAUCACGAUAAGCUACGAAAACUUCUUGAAGCUCGGACUCAGCGUUUUUGUGUUGUCGUGAGCACGGUUCCAUCUUGUUCGUCGAGACGCGGCCAAAAUUUGCGACUGACUUUGCGGCGAUUCGGGCGUGGUUUCACCCGUGGAUCUUUGAGGCCGAGCAAGAUUUCUUAGUGUACGUUGUAUAAUAAGCAAAUUUGCCUGCUGUCAUUUAGUCAUCUGCUGACCAUCCGAAAGGGAACUUUUCAAAUGGCCCAAAAGUGAUAAUUUUACGUGGACUGAAAUCUCGCAGACGUGAUCGUUACUUUCAAGUUAUUGGCUCCGGCCACAAGCUGCUUAGUGGGCUUGUUCUUAAAAUUAAAGAUUUUCAGGAUUCUGAACUAAA